AUGGCCAGACACAACUCUCCCUUCUUCCCCCAUGGCUUCGACCUGGGGGGCCACUUUGUUGACCUCCGACCUCUCGGCAUGGGGGUCACAGGCCUGGUGCUCUCGGCCUUGGACCAGCGCACCGGGCAGCGGGUGGCAAUUAAAAAGCUAGUGAUGCGUGAUGCUGUGACAGUGAAACACGCCCUGCGGGAGGUGAAAAUCACCCGGCGGCUGCACCACGAGAAUGUGGUGAGGGUACAUGAGGUUUUGGCACCAUACGGACAACCCCUGCCCACAGACCCAACCCAGCUGAGCGCCCUCUACAUCGUCCAGGAGUGCAUGGAGACUGACCUGGCGCGGCUGCUGGAACAGGGACCGCUACUAACAGGUACAAGAAACAAGCGUCCAAGAUAUAAAUAGAGCUCAAAGAUAAUUUAUGUUUCUAGUGUUUAGCUCACGUUUUUCUCUGACUAAUGUUUUAUUGCUUCUCUGCUGGCUGUGUUUACACUGUGAUUUACCAGAUUUAGUUGCAAUCUUUUACUGAAACAUCACCCACAUCUACAACUCCCACUUUGCAAAAUCGCAUUACUUUCUUUCAUUAAUGUCUCGGAUUGUUUACUCUUCAUAAACACGCUCCGUAAGGAUCGGUGGCAAACGAAACAUAAUUAAUGAAACAUUAUUUAUGGCUGUUAUUAUAGUUUUAGUUAAAAGAAAAAGAUAGAAAAUAUAUAUUUAUUUUUGUUCAUUUUGAGUUUCCCCUAUAUCCACAAGUCAAAUGCCAAGAGUGAAGAGUUUUAUCUGUUCAUAUAAUGACUUUUGCCAAGCACAGUGUGAAUAAAGUGAACCUUUCAGAGCUAACUGUACUCUUAAUUCUAACACUUACCCCUUUAAUGCCUUUUGCAUCAUAUUUGAUACAUACUUUCAUGAUACUGCUAUCAAAUCAAUAUGAUCAACACAUUACUAAAAAAAAACCUGAAUACAGUCUGAUAAAUGAUAAAAAUGUCCUCAUGUGGUUUAUCAGUUUCCAAAAAAAUGUAUCAAACGAGAUAAAUAAAUAUAUUUGUUACAUUUUAAGGACAUUUUGAUUUUGGGGGUUUUCAGUAGUAAGUGAAAUAAACAUUUCAGCUCCAAAAAAAUUAGAAUUUUCUGGCCAUAAUCUGUGGUUUCAGGCAUUAAAGGGUUAAAUACAAAAAAGCAGAUUUUAUCCGAGCCAAGUAAUUAAUGAGAAUUUUUUACAGUGGUUACAGGAGUGAGAUCUGAACCUGCAGGGUGUAUCUUCAUUUCUGGCAUUUGACUUUGAACAGGUCACGCCACUCUGCUUUUCUACCAGCUGCUACGGGGACUGAAGUUCAUCCACUCAGCCAACGUCCUGCACAGAGACCUGAAGCCCGCCAACAUAUUUAUCAACACGGACCAACUGCUGCUAAAGAUCGGAGAUUUUGGGCUGGCCAGGAUCGUUGACCCUCAUUAUUCUCACAAGGUAAGUAAGCGACACAAAAGGAAAAACUACAGUGCUUUCUGUCACCAUGGCAGACUUUUAAAGGUUUUCAUUCUACCCACUAAAAUAACACACUGUACCUGAACUGCAGAUCAGUAUGUUAUCUCUAAAAAAAGUACAGAAAGUGUACCUCAGCAAAACAUAUCUUUAAUCUAGUUACUUUCCAACAUUUUUAGGGCAUGUGAAAGUUGCAAACAUGCCAAAUGUACCAGAUACCAAUAAGAUCCUGUGAUCAUUAUUCUGUAUGCUCAUAUCCCCGUGCUUACAAGUUCUACAUUAAUUUUAUAAUCCAUAAUCUCCAAGGGACAAGCCAACCUAAAAGUCCAGAUCUCUGCCCACAAAGUAUUGGCUGCUCUGAUUUAGUCUUCUUUGAUUCUUGCUCUACAGAGAUUAAUCAAACCAUAAAUAUUCAAGUCAGCAGAGUAGAGGAGGAUUUUUCUCUCUGCUCAUCGCUUUGACUUGGCGUGGGCUGAUCUGCUGAUGAUGGAUGAAUCUAGGGAGGGUACUGUAAUAUUAAACAUUAUCUCUUCUCCCUCCCUUUGGGGCAGAGCUGUUAUCAGCAACUCCCGGAGCUCUGACCCUGGGUGGUUCACACAAAGCAGAGCACCAACCCUUGUCCUUUCACAGUAAUGGAUACUCUGCUGGAUAGUAAGCUAAAGUAGACUCCCACAAUAAAGCAGUAGGUUUGAAAAUCGCUAGCUUUAUUAUUUCUUGACGAUAUAAUGUACACUCGCUUACCAACAACACAGACAGAAUCUCAAUGAGCCUUGGUAGGUUUGAGAGUUUUAAAACUCCUGUUGUUACUAAAGUAUAGCCAAACCAUCAUUGUUUUUCUGACAGCCAUCUCCUAUUAUAAAUGAUUGAUUAUUUUUCUGUCAUUCAAUUUGUAUUUUACCAAGAAUAAUCUCAUAGCAACACAAUUUCUAUAUCAAGAAAUGAAGAAGUUUGGCAUCAAAAAUCCUGUAGGGGGUUUUAGCAGCCAAUCAAACAGAUUUCAACUAAUGAUGGUUCCUCUCGUUGUCUAAAAAAGUAAAGAAGAACAUCUCGACAUCACUUCCAUACUGUGAACGUUCAUGCUCGUAACCAGUUGAUUCCAGUUGAGGGAGUUAGAGCAUGCUCCAGAUACAGCCCUAAUUGACAUUUUCCAUAGCAGCGAUUCACAAAUAGUGUGGUGUUUGACCGUACAAACAAAUCUAACUGAGAUUUUACUCUUCAAGAAAAAUCACUGUAUGUAUGAGACAAAAUCAGCAAAUAGGCAAGGGAUAUCUCUCUGUCCACAGGGGGCACCAAAAGUUCUCCUCAGCAGCUCUAAAGCCAACAACAACAGAUUAGGAGCUGAAAAUAAUUAAGUCAUUUUUUUAUCAGCGUUAGAAUUCAUUGGUCAAAAUAUCCUCAAUCCUGUGUCUCUAUUCUGCCAUGUUGAUAAAAUAAUUUAGUUUGAGGUGGUAUUGUGGCUUCAUGUCAUCUUUCUGUGUAGUUUUGCCCACCUUAUCUUAACCAUGAGGCUGUAAAAUCUUCUCACCAAAUCCUGGUCUCAAGUUCUGUGCUAAUCAAACUUGUGACUUGCCCGUCUUUUGUAUAUGAAGGUUUCUAAGAGAUGAUUGUAACAACUCACUGCUGAGUUUUGCUUUUCUAUUAUGCAUGAAGAUCCCACAGCAUUACUGUAACACUAGCAGGGCAGGAUGUGUGUGUCUGUGUGUGUGCAUGUGUGAGUGUUUGUGUCUGCUUGUGGAUUCAUACAUGUGGAGAGGAGCUCUGGUGAAAGGCGAUCUUUGUCAGUUCAGAACACAGGAUCGGGGAUCAGCUGGGUUCAGACACAGGAGGGGCAUUUGGAGGGGAUGCCAUUGUAGAGACAGAAAACAGAUGAGAAGCCAGGAAGGGGGGUGUAAGAAGAGGAGGGGGAAAACAAAGGCAGAGGAAAGCAUAAAAGAAGGAAAGUAAGUUAGAAUGCAACAAGAAAUAGCUAUGAGAGCAGGGAGGAAGGGAAGAUUAUAAGAAAACAAAGAGAGAAAGGAGAAUAAAGGAAGUUUUGGUUAUGCAGGAUGGCAGAAACAAGGUUGACUUCUUUCUAACUACCCCCCCACACACACACGCACACGCACACACACACACACACACUCACACACACACACACACACACACACCUGUGUGUAUUUUUGUGCUCUCACACUUUGUAUCUACAAAAGUGCACUGUCUGUCAAAGAACACGAUGUUCAUGCAUCAGCUACUGCACUAAGAGAAAAGGCUCAGAUAAAGGGAUAGAUGAAGGGACAGACAGACAGAGGCGAUGACAGGAUGCAUGCAAGCGUGUAAAACCCCCACACACAUAAAGAUACCAAGACACAUACAGACAUCAAUCCAUACAUACACACAUACAGUAUAUACGCAUACAGACAGACAGAGCUACAUUAAUGCAUACAUACAUACAGACAUUUGUUCAUGCAUAAAUACAUACACACAUACAUAUAUACAGUACACACAGACAUACAUACAUACAUACAUACAUUCAUACAUCGUACAUACACACACACGCACAUACACACACAUACAUACACACGUACACACAUACAUGCAUACACACACAUAUAUUCAUACACACACAUACACAUAUACAUGCAUACAUACAUACACAUAUGCAUACAUACAUUCAUACACACAUACACACACAUACAUACAUAUAUAAUGGAUACAUACAUACAUACAUACAUACAUACAUGUUGAUAGAGAGAUGGAAAUUCCUUCACUCCUCUGUUGAAUUCUGCACUGAAGGUAUAAUGGUUAUGUGAUCACAUUGAUGAUUUAUGGUAUAAUUAAUGCCAAGGUCUGCAUUCAGCUUCUACAUAUUGUAUUUUCCCUCCUCUGGUGCUGCAGUAUCAGUUUCACAGAGCUUCCUCUGCUUUGAUAACAGGGGCUGCAUUAAUAACCAAUAAGAGUGCUGGCUGCACAUUACACUCCUACACUUUCAACUGACUGCUGAUAGUUGGUCGUCUGUCUGCCAGCUGAUGUGUGUGUGUAAGACUGCAGAACAUCAGUUCAUCUUUGUUCAUUAACAUAAAACUGUGUUACCAGGUUGGUGUGUCUGUGUUUGUGUGAGAGAGAGAAGAUGAUGUGUGUCUGUAAAACAAUGCUGAGCUGUUUGCAGUGUUGACACCAAAGCAGAUGCCUGCAGUGAAUGUGCUAGCAUCAUCUCUCUUAUUUAAUAAUGCAGAGCUGCUUUUUUUCCUGCUUUCUGUGGUAAAGGAUGUGGGCUGUAUUGAACUCUGUCUUGAUGGAAAUUCAGAAAUUAUCUUAACUGUUAUACUGGAUGUAAAACAAGGCUGGUGGCCCUGAUUUUAUCUCUCGUUUAAUGUUUAUUACUUCUAAAUAGGGGUCUUGCAUUAUUGUCAGUUUAAUCAGGUAUUAUGUUGUCUCAUUUUUUGCAGUAAGAUUUGCACGUCUGCAUUUUUAUUGUUUUUUUCCUCUCAGUUCUUCAUAGAAAUCCUUUCUACCUUUUCUCCCAAUGUAUUUUACAAGGUCCACUGUGUUUUUCAACACACUUUGACUGGGCUUUGCAUCCGUAUAUAGCUGUUUGUGUAGCUGUCCAAAUGUGCUCCUCUGACUGCACCCACAAAUAUUUACUGGAGAGUAGAGAGAAGGCAGAGAGAGAACAUGAAAAACAAUACUUGUGAUGUUUACCUCAAGGAACAUGGACUUCUUUGAGUGUCUGUAGCUGAAUGUCAUCGAAUCAGAAAUUAUUCAUGACCUGGAUGAAAAAAAGAGAAGGAAAAGGAAUGAGGAGUGGAAAAGAAAGAUGAGAAAGAAGGAAUGGACAGGUGGAAAUAUGACUGGAAAGAAGAGAGAGAGGGAUGAAACAGGUGGGAAAGGAGGCGAAGCGAGCGGGAUGGCGGAGAGAGACAGAUGGGGUGAAGUGUGACAAAAAGAGGAGAGGCAGAGGAAACCGCUUUAGCUGCUGAUGUUUAUAGAGAAAAACACAGAGGUGAGGGGAAUUUAGGGAAUUCAUGAAGACAAGUCAGAGGCAAUGAAAGGAGGAAAAAGGCGGAGGAAUAAGAGGGGGAAGCAGAAUGAGAAGGCAGGGCAGCAAAGAAGGGUUGAAAAAGUAUAUAGAGUUUGGACCUAUAAGUGUUUCCUUUUCUGCUCGAUUCAACAUUGAAUUAGGGAAGUAUAGAGGCCGCCAGGUAUGAGAUGAGGUGAGUUACAUCAGACUACCAAUUGGUACUUAGCAUCAGUUUCUGCUCUGUCAUCUGCUGGCACACAGAGGAGAACUGGGAGAACAUGGAAACCGACGAGAGGGCAGUUUAUAAGGUGCAGUGAGGGCAGUCAGGCAGAAGCAUGCAGUGUAAAGUAAGAAACCUGCUAUUUGGCAAUUUCAUAAUUGCUUCAUCGCAGCUGAACUCCAUGUAAGAGCACAGAACUGGAAGGAAUGUACAAGAGGGAACUUUGCUGUGGUGGGCCCACAUUGAAUAAAGUCUCUGAGUCAUGUCCUGAGCCUACAGAAUUCACUAUAAAAAUAUUCUACCAUCUCAAAAUAUGAAAAAGGAAGGAUACUUUUCAGCUGUCAUGAAAACUCAAACCGUUCUGGAGCAGACUUAAUUCAAAAGAGGGACUAUCUUCCUUCUGUGUGAACACGCUGGUGUUACAGGUGGUGAGAUGCAAUUUCAGUGGUGUGAAAAAGAUCAUAGAGCUUUUCCCGACUCCCAUUGGAGUAUGCAUCACUGUGAGGCCUAUGCUGUCUGCAUGAAAUUAGUCUGUAGGGAGCAGUGCUGCAAGAAGGGAAGGAUAUAAAGGAAAAGGAGACAUUUAUCAGCCAUAAAUUCUAUAAGCUAUUAAGAAAACAAUGAAUUCUAAAUCUCUCCCUGUGAGGCAAUUUACUGAAGUCGGGCAGCAGUUCACUGCAACAGUCUAGAGUCAUCUAACAUGAUGACUGUCAAAAAGUUCAAGAGCAUCAGCAGAGAGGAGCGAUACCUGGCUGGAGAAAGAUAGGUACGUGACAAACCAAAGCGGAGAGAGAGUGAAGUGGGUGCAGAGAGUGAGAGUGGCAUUUAAAACUUGUUAUUUGCAAUAAUGAUAGCAGCAGAUAAAAAAAAAAACUCGUUAUAAAUGCGUCUGGUUUGUGUAGAGAUAGUCUCGACUGUGGCUUAUUUCCAUGCACGGUGUUAUUCUCAAGGUGCACGUUCACAGAAGAAAUGCGCAGAAUCUUGUCGAAGCAGUGUUAACAAAGGGAUGUGUGUUGUUUUACAGCAGUGCAUCAAAGACUCAGAGAAACUCAAUUUCAGAGUUUGAGUUUUAUGGGGAGUAUUUUUACUGCACAGUUACCAGCAGCUACUUUCCUCUUUUGUGCAAAUACUGAAGUCAUUAGGUGGUAAAUCAAAAUGCCAGUCAAAAACAACAACAAAGUGCAACCUAGAUUGUCACACGUGUCUGCAAAAUGAACACCUCAUUUUUAUGAACAUGUAUAAGCUUGUACACAAGCACUCUCUUAAAAGUAACAACUGAUAACAAUCCUCUCUUUUGCAUGAUUUUGUCUAAUGUAAGUUUAUUGUUCUGGUGCUCAGUCUUCGACUUCACCUCUUCCUUCUUUUCUGACUUUACUCACUUGCUCUUACAGGGCUAUCUUUCAGAGGGUCUGGUAACUAAAUGGUACUGUUCACCCCGUCUGCUCCUGUCCCCCAACAACUACACUAAGGCCAUAGACAUGUGGGCUGCUGGCUGCAUACUGGCUGAGAUGCUAACAGGACGCAUGCUAUUUGCAGGUAUACCUCUAACCGUCUUUGCCAAGGCACUGUCAUUCUGUCCUUUCAGUGAUUUGAUGAAAUAUUGGACUGAUCAGAUCAUUUGCAUUCAGCAGAAAUAUCUUGUUACUGGAAGUACUAUGAUAUCUAUCAUGGAAAUGUGUUUUCUCUGAAUUUCCCAUUCAUUUCUACUAUUCCCAUGAAUUUGAUUUGGCUCCUGUACCUGAUAUUUUAUAUUCAAAAUCAUUCAAAAUGAAAUGUGGUGUAUCUAGUGUCUUGCUGUGGAUCUGACUGACAAGAUAGAGCAAUGCAAACAAGCCUCUUUGAGUAGCUGCAUAAAAACAGUAGUACAGUUAGGUCAAUCAGCGGAAUUAAAUCACAUAAUCUGUGUGAUUUGUUUUCGUAUGUAAGUUCUGUCUGGCAUUAAUGCAAAACAGGUUCUUCAAGUCUCCAUUACAAGGUGACAUCAACUGUGAGCUAAGGAGAAUCUUUCUUUUAAUAGUGUCCUCCUCCAAAGAUCCUUUAUUCUCCUCCUGCAGGCUACUUCUUUGCCUGACCAGAAUAACAAUGAUGAUAGAGAAAAUCUUGCUGUCUGUAGCUGAUGUAGCUCCCUCUGACAAGCCUUGUUUGACCUCCACCAGCCCUUUACACCACAGGAGACAUGAUGUUGUAAACUGGCGUCAUCUGUUCCCUGUUGUUCGUCUUUGCCAGACUUUCACACGUUGGCUUUAAAAGAUGCUUGUCGUGUUUUUCCCUCAGCCCCCCCAAAUUUGCAUGGUGCAAUAUUGUUUUGUUUACCACAGUGCAAGCAAGUUACUCUAAUCUAAACACACUGGAUUGCCUGUUCCUUAGAUAAAUAUGAUGAUCCAGCACCCUCUGCUGGUAGUGAGUAGCAUAAGCGUUGGUGCAGUAGUGUAAAAAAUGCUGCACUGCUUCAGUCUGUUCAAGCAUGUUGCUGGUCUAGUUGCACCAAAAGCAGGGAAUCUGAAGUAUUUGCUGUCUUCAGUUGUCAAUGAUAUAACACAAGUUGAGGACUUUGUUUGAGUCAACCUUGACAGCGUCUCAUUCUUCUCAGGUAGUGUUCACCCAAACCUUACACAACAAACCAACCUAGAUGUUUUAUGCACGGGUGCUACAUGUAAGAAAAGCAUGUCAAUACAAGAUAAAGAUAUUAGAACAGGCUGCAAGAGGGGGUGCCCAACACGCCUACUAGAUAUACUAUUUUUAAUCAAUGCGUGCUUACUCAAUCAGUCAAUAUUCACUGAUAAAAUGAAGAUGCAAAAAAUCUGAAAGUAAUUUAUAAACACAUCACGUUACUGUCAUUGCACAGUGGUAAUUUUGUUGCACAUUUUUAAUAGAAAACCUUCAAGAUUGUAAAAUGAUAUCCAUCUUGUCCGAACCCGCUUAACAGUACCAUUUCUCUCACUUGACAAGUCAAACCUCCUAGGUAUUUCUGUUUGACUCUAAUUGGUCACCUUUUCUUCUGCGUAUGUAACCACCCUCUGCUUAUUCCUUGCUUGUCUCUGAUUGGUUGAUUCGCUCUCCCAGGGGCCCAUGAGCUGGAGCAGAUGCAGCUGAUUCUGAACACGGUGCCUGUGCUGAGAGACGAGGACAGACAAGACCUGUUACAGGUGACGCUUCAGUGGCUGCGGCUCCUCAUAUGUCUGUUUAAAUAUGGAAAAGGCUGUCGUUGUCAUGUUCUGUUUGCUGCUUCAGGGGUGAGAAGUGUGAAUGCAGACAAGGUUAAAUGUAUACAAGUCCUUCUGCUGAGGGACCUGUCUGAUUCUUUCAACCGCAGUAUCAUUUAUAGCAGGAAUUCAGGAAGUUAGAUGAUAUAAUCCUAUUGUUAACCUUUCUUAGGUGAUGCCUUCAUAUGUAAGCCAUGGAUGGAGGGUCAAGAAACCGUUUUCUGAGCUACUGCCUGAAGUGGAUGCUCAAGGUGAGGACAGGGAAGGAAAACUGUGCGGUAUGAAACGUGGACAAAUAAGAUUUAUUCACCAUUGCAACUGCAAAAACCCCACAAAGUGAAAAUCCAGGGGGAGACAAGCCAUAAUUUGGGGUAAAACGGUAAAAUAUCUUACUUAAAAUGUCUUGGUCCAUAAAUACGUCAGCUGUUGUUAGAACUGAACCACUUGCUGACCAGCAUUGCUCUGGUCAGUGGUAAACAACAAAAAAGAAAAAGCCUAAAUUCCUCGACCACUGGUCUUUUAGUAAAUGGUAAGUGGAUGAUACUUGCAAAGAGCUUUCUCCAGGCUCCUCAAAGGACUUACAUGCACUGUGUCACAUUCAGCCACUAAAAGCUAUUAAGAAGUGUGGGCUAGGAUGUUUUUGGUCACUAAUGCGCUCUGUUGGGACUUAUCUGUGAGUGCCUGAAGAAUUACCAAGUGUGUAGUUUUACUUUAAAUUUGGACUUCUAUUCCUAAAUUUGGACUGUCCUAUUUUUAACUGCUUUAAAGAGAAAAGAUGGUGAAUGUAUAGCUCUUAUAAUUCAGCCCAAAGGUAGAGAUAUCAAAUACUUUCCAGACAAACACAUCUCAUGGAUAAAACAUCUGUAACUUUUCUCCUCAGCUGUGGACUUUCUUGGGCGCAUCUUGACCUUUAACCCCAUGGACCGACUGACAGCUGAAGCGGCAUUGUCCCAUCCCUUCCUACAGCAGUACUCCUGUCCAGAAGACGAGCCCACCUCAUCUCACCCUUUCCGCAUUGAGGAUGAACUGGAGGACAAUCUCAUCACUGAGCAGAGCCUUAGUAACAGUAACAGUCAGGCCUCCAGCAUCCAUUGGGAGAGGUAGGCAGAUUUAGGACUGAUGAGGAAGCUGAGACCAUUUAUCAAUGUUUUUUAGUUUAAAAAAUGGUUAGUCUGAGAGCAAAUAUUUGGUGAAACAGAGGUCUGAGAACUAAAAACUAAGAUUCCUCUGACAAACAUGAAAAAAAAAUGUGCAGCACCAUCAUUGCAGGCCUAAUAAAAACACCUCUUUCCCGCAGGUAUGAGAACAGUUUAUCAACAGACGUGUCCUGGCAGCAGUCAAGCGGGAGGUGUCGCUGCAUACCUCCAGACCAUGUUACCUCCGACCUGGGAGACACAACAGAGGAGGAGGAGGUGCAGAGAGACCCCCGAGCCAGUUCCAGCUCACUGUUAGAGGAGGCCCAGGUUGGAUUUGUUUUGUCAUUUCCCCCCUGUAGCAGUGGUACAACUAUGAUCUUAUUUUGAGUAAGCUGGUGAAGCUAAUUGAAAUAAAGGUGCUAAGACAGUAAAUCAGCUCAUAUAUGAGAUUUUUGGUGUCUUAGCUACUCUAAGUGAUGGUAUUUUUGAAAUAUAACAUGAUUUCCUGUGAACUUUGUUGUCCUGUGUUUAAAGUGGCUAUUUUUUAUACCCUCUGUUAGCAACACUCUCUUAGCAUCAUUGUUUUUCUCUAAUUGUGCUCAUGAGACCGUUGUUGUAAAAAUUUCAUAUUAAUUGCAUCACCUAGACUGUUUAUGCAUGCUGUAAAGUCAGUGUGCUUACUCACAGCUGCAGGAACCAGUCAAACCUUCUUGAACUUUAUGUGAUAGCAUUUUACAGUUCAGGAUACUGAGGUCUGGAAUAGGAUGAGUAAAUGCAGUUAUCCUCAUAAAACAACUGAAAUUAAAGUUUUAUUUUCCUUUCCUCCUUAUUUAUCACCUUCCCUACCCCCAAUGAUUCCUCCAAAUCCUAAACAGGUUGAUCCACGUAAAUAUUCCCACAGCAGCUCAGCCGAACGCUUCCUGGAAAACUCUCACUCCUCCCUGGAUCGGGCCUGUGGUUUGGGCUUCGGGGAUCUGGACUGUGGCCGCUCUUGUGACUACAAAGUGGGCUCUCCUUCCUAUCUGGAUAAAAUUGCCUGGAGGGAAGGCAAGCCUCAACACUAUUCAGAGCCUAAGCUGAUUUUGGAUCUUUCCCAUUGGAAGCGUAACACUAACAGCCUGCCUGUGCCUGUCGGGCCCAUCGGUGGAAGCGUGGAGGACCUUGGAGAGAUGAACGGAGAGGAAGCAGAACAGGAAGAAGAGGAAGAGACGGGGGAUUUGUUUCAGGAGAUUUCUCGCUGGGUUGAGAGCACCCAAAAUCGUCUGCACUCUCCCAGCCCUAGUCCAUCUUUGGAGCACAACUCACCCUCCUGCUACGCCUCAUCUCCUCCUCUUCCUCUCUCCCCAACUGACCUUCCAACUCCUGUUUUUCACUACGCUGAAGUCCUGCGGCAGCCGUCAUCUGAAUAUGAUCCAGAAGCUCUCAGCCCUCUUCCACCAGUCAUGUCCUCCUCCUUUCCCUCUCUUCUUCCAUCAUCUCCCACUUCUCCUUCUCCCCUUCCUCCUCAGUCACCCCAAACAGCAUCUCCCCCCAUCUCACCACUUAAUCCUCCCUCAGAAUCUCAACCCCUAUCCUCGACUUCCUCUAUUACUCAGCCGACAGACAGUGACUGCUUGGAGCCUCUUCCUGUUAAGCAAAAAGAUCGUCUGUUUGACCUGGAUGUGUUCAUAUCCCGGGCUCUCAAACUGUGUAGGCAGAAUAAGGAGAAAGCAGAUGGGAGAAAAGGGAAAGAUGGAGGAUGGAGGGAGGACAGCAAACAGUCCAACAUUAACCGAAAGGUGCCCAGACUCCCUGAGCACAGGACUCAACCACCACCACAGACGCCUAAUUCAUGA